AUGGCUGCUAUCAGUUUGUUUGUUUUCCGCUCGCAGAAUCUCCGAAUCGCAUGCAGAUGUAGCCGUCCUCGUCGUCGUUUUCCUGGCUUCGAUUCCUGACUUCGGCGCCGCAACGGAUUCUGUUUCGUGUGCUUGCGAAGAUGUGAGCAUCGACGGCCUCGCCACCAAGACCCAGGGGAAGCUCCAGACUGAUUGCGAGAUCUGCACAGGUGCCCUCCGCAUCACCAAUCUUUGUGAGAACUGUUAAUAUGAUAUCUGAAACUGAAAAAGGGAAGUUCAGAUGGCCAUCAAGAGCUGAAUCACUUGACGAUCUUGAAAGAAAUCAAAGGAACAUUGGAGAUUUCGAACACAUUCGACCUCGGCGAUUCGUUGAGCCUGCACAAGUUGAAGUCCAUCACGAACAUUGGAAGCUAGUUUUUUUUUUCAUCACCUCAUCUGAUAAGCAAUAUUCCAGCUACACCGGCUGUGACUAUUGUGAACAACACCAAUCUGAAACUGACUUUCGGAUCUUCGCUGCGCUACAUUUCUUCGAGCAAUUCCACCGUCACUUUCCGCAUCCGCGACAACGACUUGGCCACUCUUCCCACGGUCUCAGUCUUCGCAGUGUUCCGACAACAAGAGUUUUUCCAGGACCUUUACACGAUUUUGUAUCAGUCGUCGUUCCCGAGGGCUGUUUUCGAGAUGGACUUGCUCCUCGACACCUCGCUGUGCCAGGCCCACUGUUGGUUCCUUUUUGCAGAGAUCCACUCUUGAGCCGAGCCGUUUCAGUCUACAAGACGCUCUCUGUGGUUCUGGGGACAUUCACGGUGGCGGCGUUGCUCGCGCUCGCCGUCCUCGGCUGCCACGGCCGCACGGAACUCGACCAAUCUUAG